CCCGCGCAGCAGGCGGAGGCCGAGGGGCGCCUUUCGCUUUAAGAGCCCGCAGGCGCCCCUGAUUGGCUGUAGCUAUGCAGGGCUUCCCUCCCCGCGGCUCUGGCUCCCUCCUGCGCCGCCCUCUCCGCCCGCUCCCCGCGCCUCUGCGCCCCUCGCGCCGCUCGCUCUCGCCUCCUCUUCCUCGCCACGGAGUUGAGCCCCGGCAGCCGCAUGGGUGAUACGCCAGCAACAGAUGCCGGCCGCCAAGAUUUGCCUUAGGCGUCGCUGAUCGCCCGGAGAAUAGGGAAAGAGCCAGAGAGAAGGGCUGGGAAGGAGAGGACUGGAAGCGCGGAGAAUCCCCCCAAAGGCAGAGGCCCCCGCCCCCGCCCGAGAGCCCCCGAGCCGAGCGCCUGCCUGUCGCCGCCGGCGCCCACCUCUGCCAGCCAUGCCAGGCCCGGCUGCCGACGCGGGGAAGGUCCCUUUCUGUGAGGCCAGGGAGGAAAUCCGCGCCGGGCUCGACAGCUCGGAGGGCGGCGGCGGCCAGGAGAGGCCGGGCACGCGCGGGCAGAGGCAGAACAUCGUCUGGAGGAAUGUCGUCCUCAUGAGCCUGCUCCACUUGGGGGCCGUGUACUCCCUGGUGCUCAUCCCCAAAGCCAAGCCGCUCACUCUGCUCUGGGCCUACUUCUGUUUCCUCCUGACCGCUCUGGGUGUGACAGCCGGUGCCCAUCGCUUGUGGAGCCACAGGUCCUACAAGGCCAAGCUGCCUCUCAGGAUAUUUCUGGCUGCCGCCAACUCCAUGGCUUUCCAGAAUGACAUCUUCGAGUGGUCCAGGGACCACCGGGUCCACCACAAGUACUCAGAGACGGACGCGGAUCCUCACAAUGCCCGCCGGGGCUUCUUCUUCUCCCACAUUGGGUGGCUGUUUGUUCGCAAGCACCGAGAUGUCAUUGAGAAGGGGAGGAAGCUUGACGUCACUGACCUGCUCGCUGACCCCGUGGUCCGGUUCCAGAGAAAGUACUACAAGGUCACCGUGGUGCUCAUGUGCUUUGUGGUCCCCACGCUAGUGCCCUGGUACAUCUGGGGCGAGAGCCUGUGGAACUCCUACUUCCUGGCAUCCAUCCUUCGCUAUACCAUCUCCCUCAACGUCACCUGGCUGGUCAACAGCGCCGCCCACAUGUAUGGAAACCGGCCCUAUGACAAGCACAUCAGCCCCCGGCAGAAUCCGCUCGUCACUCUGGGUGCCAUUGGUGAAGGCUUCCACAAUUACCACCAUACCUUUCCCUUUGACUACUCUGCAAGUGAAUUUGGCUUAAAUUUCAACCCAACCACCUGGUUCAUUGACUUCAUGUGCUGGCUGGGACUGGCCACUGACCGCAAACGGGCAACCAAGCCGAUGAUCGAGGCCCGGAAAGCCAGGACUGGAGACGGCAGCGCUUGAGGGUGGAGCAGCCUUUCAACCUGCCUGUUGCCGGCACCUCGGUUCACACUUUUUAUUACUGUGGUUCUCUUGUUUGUUGGAUCCUGGGAGGGGGUCGUGGGUGGGGGAAAGAAUGGAAUCUGUGUAGUUUGGGAAUUUUUUGUUUGUCUCAAAAUAGCAUCAAAAUACAACUAUCGAUGAAAAUAAUUUUAAGUCAAUAUUACUAUGAUUUAACCUUAGAGUGUGGAUAUGUGAUUUAAUCACUGUAGCUACCAUAUGUCAAAGACACAUUAUCAUGUGCCCAUAUGUGAUGUUAACCCUGACGGGAUGAAGGAAUUUAAUAUUCUUUCAGUGUGAUUCAGGAGAGCAUUUGUUUUAUUUUCUACCAACUAACCCAGCUUUGCUUUUAAACACACUAUCUGAGGGAGCGGAGAGGCAGGGUUGAAGACAGAAGAGGGGCUACGUAGUGACUAAAGAAUGUUUCUGUUUUGUAAUUAUUGUGUGUGGGUGGGUUUUGUUUAAGAGAAUUGAAAACUGUAAAACAGAGAAUACAGGAAAUGGCUCUUGGUUUUUUGUUUGUUUGUUUGUUUGUUUAUUUGUUUUUGCCCUGUUAACAGCUUGUUAAUGCUCCACUGUCUUUGCUUCAAAACAGAUUUGUUCACUGCCCAGGUAGUUUUGUGUCCUGAGUCCUAUACCCUGCCCACCCUAUAAAUCAAUCAAUGCCUGGUUUAGAUGUUUGGUUUUGUUCUCUUUGUUAUUGUCAUUUUAAAGAUAUAUAACUCAGAUGUGCAGACAUCAAAUUAAGCUCUCAUUUAAAUGUUUUGACAUCUAAUUUGUAUUCUAAUUGAGCCCAGCCACUGAUGCAUGUACUUUAGCUACUUCUGCUAAAUAAGCAUAUUAUUUUCCCACACCACGCCAUCAGAAUUUAAUAACCAACAGUUAUCUAGAACCCCAUGUCUACUAAUGUUUCACCUGCAUGCAGCCUUCAUUGAUUUUGCAGCAAAAUAUAAAGUAAUUGUUACAUAGCUUCUGGCUUAAAAAAAGUUUUGUGUGUUAAGUUGCCUUGUAAAGAGCAUGUCGAAUUAAUGGGACAGAGCGUCCUUUGUGUUAGAUGUUAGAGCAAAAGAAAGGCCUUAUAGUGUUGGUAUUGGAACACGAAAUAUCUAUCCUGAAGAUAUUUUAAGGAAGGAUAUAGGACUUUAAAUUUUAAAUUUUAGAAAAAGAAAUGAUGCCAAUUGGCAACUGUCAUAAUGAAGUUCUUCAUCCAGCAGGUGUUUAACAGUGUUAUUUUGCCAUUAAUAAUGUGUAAACUGUGAGUGAUUUACAAUAAAUGAUUAUGAAUU